UGAACUGAUACUAUCAAUUAGCUCCAAAAAAAACACAAUGGGGAGACUAGUCAGUCGUCUUCCACGCAUGAGCAAGGAUACUAGCUGACGAUGCUGGUCACAGGUUCAGGGAAAGCGGACGACUUUGAAGUUCAGCGGAACUUCUGAGAAGCUGCGCGUACUCAUUUUUCACCUCGCUCGUGCUUUCUCCCUCUACCAUCUCUAUAUUACUCAGUUCCACGAAGCAUGUUGAAGGAGAAGCGGAGAUUUUGAGACGAGAAAGAGGGGAACUGGGUUCGGAAGCGAGAACCUUGACCUUUUUUACUUUUAAAUUGGUCAAAAGACCUCGUGUGCUUUUCAUUAAGAAGUGGCAAUAUCAGGAGAGAGCUAGAUCUUGAUGAGCAUUUAAAGCCCCUUUAUCUACGAUAUUUCAAAGUACACCCUUUUGAAUUCCAGGGAGAAACUACCCUCUGCCUCUAAGGAUAAACCUUCUGUUAAAGAACAGAGCUCAAGCUUUGUUUCUGGUUAAUGGGUUUAUCCUCUUCUUUACUUUCAUGGGCAUGGCUUGAAUCCGUGAGAAGGAUCGUUGGUCUUAAGAAGGUUGAAGCUGCUCUGGUUAAGUCCCUAAGUUUCAGCGAGAAAGACAUUAAGACGACAUUGAGAUCACUGAGCUUUAAAAAAAAUAGUUCACUGGCAAAGAUGGCGCUUGGCACCUUGAUCAUAGAGAGGUCAUUAAGUUUCAAAAAAUGGGAGCUUUCAGAAGAAAUAAAACCUCAAAACACUUUUUCAUUACAGACCCAAUUGACUGAUACUGUUCUACAAGAGAUCACUGCCUCUAAGGGCAUCGAUAAUAAAUCCAUGCCAGAAUUAAACCCUUCAAAUUCUAUUCCUGAAUUUUGUUCCCCUCGACCACGGAGCGAGCUUGAUGCAGCUGCUGUUAAGCUGCAAAAGGUUUACAAAAGUUAUCGGACUCGAAGAAAUCUGGCUGACUGUGCUGUGGUUGUUGAGGAGCUAUGGUGGAAGGCUUUGGAUUUUGCGUGUCUGAAGCAUAGCUCAGUAACAUAUUUUGAGUUUGAUAAACCUCAAACCGCAGUUUCACGAUGGGCGAGGGCGCGCACGAGAGUUGCCAAGGUUGGAAAAGGUUUGUCAAAAGAUGAGAAGGCUCAAAAACUGGCACUUAGGCACUGGCUUGAGGCUAUUGAUCCGCGUCAUCGAUAUGGACACAAUCUGCAUCUAUAUUACGAUGUUUGGUUCGCCAGUGAGAGCACUGAGCCAUUUUUCUACUGGUUGGAUGUUGGGGAUGGCAGAGAAAUAAAUCUUGAGAAGUGCCCAAGAAGCAAGCUUCAGCAGCAAUGCAUCAAAUAUCUUGGACCAAAAGAGAGGGAUGCAUAUGAAGUCAUUGUGGAGAAUGGGAAGCUUGUGUAUAAACUAAGUGAAAACCUUGUAAAUACUGAUGAAGAGUCAAAGUGGAUAUUUGUUUUGAGUACAUCAAGGUCACUGUAUGUGGGGCAGAAGAUGAAAGGCAAAUUUCAACACUCAAGCUUUUUAGCUGGGGCAGCUACUACAGCUGCUGGAAGACUGAUUGCCAAAGAAGGAGUUCUCAAGGCUAUAUGGCCAUACAGUGGUCAUUACCUCCCAACUGAAGAAAACUUCAAGGAGUUCCUCAGCUUCCUCCAGGACAACAAUUUAGACCUUACAGAUGUUAAGAGAUGUUCUGUUGAUGAUGACGAAUUCCCAGCAUUCAAGGAGUCCUGUGAUGAGCCAAUGAGUCAUAAUGUAGCUGAAGUAGAAGAGGUUGUAAAGGAUAUCACCAUUGUUGAAGCUGAGAGUUCAGAAAAGCUUCCCAAGUCUCCAUUACCUGAUGGAAUUAGGAACCAAGAUGUGGUGGAGAAAGCAACAGUGCUCGAAUUCAACCGACGAAUUUCGUGCAAAUGGAGCACUGGAAAUGGACCAAGAAUUGGAUGUGUCAGGGAUUACCCUCCUGAUCUGCAGUGCAAAGCACUUGAGCAAGUUAAUCUUUCACCAAGACUCAUCCCCUCACCUCUUGGUAAUAAGGUUCCGAUACCGUCGCCUCGACCGAGUCCGAAGGUUCGGCUGUCUCCAAGGUUGUUGAACAUGGGAAUGCCUUCUCCAAAGGUGUCUCUAACUCUUCCCAACUUUAAGAAGAACUGAGCUUGAUGAUGCUUUUUUGGAUACAUCACCGAAGUGCUGGGGAAGAAGAUGAAGCAGGCAGAGUGCCUCAUUGCUCUGCAAUUUCCAUUUUGUUUUUUCAUAAGAUUGUUUGAUUGAGAUUAUUCUAACUAUUUUGUUCAUUCAUGUAGAUAACUAAAGACUUAAGUUUUAUUCGAUUAUAUAUGUAUAUGUAAUCUGGAAAAGAAGCUCUUUGAAGGAAAAAUAUGAGAGAGUACUUUUGUGGGCUAUUUAUAUCGACCAUUACUCUUCCUUGUUGAAUUCUUCUGAAAGCUUUAUGCCA